GUUGGCAGGGCUAUCCAGUUGCAGAAACCAGAGUCAAAACUUCAACCAAAAAUGGCACGCACAGCCAACGAAACCUCCCCGCUCCUCAGUCACGGAAACCGACAGGCCCAAUCCCCAGGGCCCCUCGAACGCCUGGGCAUCUGCCUCAAAACCGAGAUCAACCCGCAGCACGCCGACCUCCUCCUGUUGCUAUGCUACACAAUAACCGGCCUCCUCGACUCCUCGGCAGUCUUUAUUUGGGGCUCCUUCGUCAGCAUGCAAACAGGAAACACGGUCUACCUCGGAUUGGGCGUUUCCGGCCUCGACGAGAGCGGGCGCAGCCAGCGCUGGCUCAAGUCUCUGAUUUCGAUAGCGAGCUUCUGCCUGGGGAGUUUCCUCUUUGCGGUCUUGCAUCAUAGUCGUGUUGUUUUCAGGAGUCCAAGACAGCGGGGCGCGCUGUUCUUUUCGUUUCUACUGCAGAUGGCUUGCGUCGCCGUCGCAGCGACAAUUGUGACCCUCGAGAAACAGAGUAAAUCGGUCCCUUUGUCCUGGAAAAUUGCCGUCCCUCUCGCCCUCGUCGCCUUCCAGAGUAGCGGGCAGGCGGUUACGAGUCGGGUUGUUGGGUAUAGUAGUCUGACGAGCGUCGUGCUGACGAGUAUCUACUGUGACCUGUUCUCGUACCCGGCGCUUGCGUUGACGACUACCUCUGCAGGGGGUGGGAAGAAGGGUGACGAGUGGAGGCGUCUCGGAGCGGUUUUGGCGCUGUUUGGUGGGAUCCUUGUCGGUGGGCUCUGGGCGAAGAGUGAGGUGGGACUUAAGGGGGCGCUGUGGACGGCUGUUGUGCUCAAGGGGGGCAUUGCGGGGGCUUGGCUGGUUUGGAGCGGGGAGGGGGAUGAUGAGGAUGUUGUAUACCCGGCUUAG